GUUAUGUCACAAGCCAAAGAUACGCCCAUUAAAGGUCAGUCUUCAUCUGAAAAGCAGAAAAGAAGAUGGCAGCACAAGGCCAGUUGAAAGGAACAGCGUAAUUACCUUAGUGAACAAGGCCUCAGCACACUUUUCAAUGAGGUGAAAGCAAAGGGCCAUCAGCUUAUCGCAGCCAGUGGCUGUGACGGUGACUGUGCUCAGGAGCUUCCUCCGGUCAGGAUCCUCCCAGGCUGGGGCAGGUGUUCAAAAAGGGAGGGAGACAAAAAAACAGCAGGAGGCGUUGCUUAGGAUUCAAAAUAAAAUUCCAAAGUUCCAGAACAUCACUCAGCGUCCUGCCCCAACAGGCAAAGCUUGGAACAGGAGAAACAUUUCACCAAAAGUUUCGGCUUGCCCUGAAAAAUGGCGAGAAAGACGUUUUCUAACUUGGAAAUAAUGCUUAUAGUUUUGUUCAUCUUAGUGGUUAUUGUGGCCGUUGUUUUAAUUGCACUUUUAGCCACUAAUCAACCGGGAACUACUUGCAAAGAUACAACCCAGCCUUUCACCCCAUUUUGUCCUUUCUCCAUUCAUGAUAAUGAUCGAACCAACUGCCACCCAGAAAAUGGAGCUUCAAGGGAACGUUGUGAAGCUCGAGGUUGCUGUUGGAAACCAGUGAGCAGUGGAAAUGGGCCCUGGUGCUUCUUUGCUUUGAAUAUUGGAUACAAGAUCAAGGAAAGUCAAAAGAAAACUCAAACAGGGUUUGAAACUCAGCUGUACCGUUUACCUUCUCCCUCCCUUUAUGGAAAUGACAUUGAAAGAUUGCUAUUGACUGGAGAAAGACAGACAGCAAAUCGCUUCCGAUUCAAGAUUACAGAUGCUAACAAACGUCGAUUUGAAGUUGCGCAUGAAAACAUUAAAUCAUUUGAGGGUCCUGCUACAUCGAAUCCUAAUUACGAAGUUGAGCUUAAUAAGAAUCCUUUUGGAAUUAUAAUCAGGAGAAAGUCCACCAGAACUGUUCUGUUUGACACUUCAGUGGCACCAUUGCAGUUUGCUGAUCAGUAUUUGCAAAUAACUGCCAGACUUCCCAGUCACAACAUUUAUGGACUAGGAGAGCAUGUUCAUAAACACUAUCGUCAUGACACUAACUGGAAGACCUGGCCUAUCUUCACCAGAGAUGCAUUUCCUAAUGGGGGGAUGCAUAAUCUCUACGGACAUCACACUUUCUUUAUGUGUCUGGAAGGGGAGAGUGGCUUAGCCUUUGGUGUUUUUUUGCUGAAUAGCAAUGCAAUGGAGGUUGAACUUCAGCCAAGCCCAUCAGUAACAUAUAGGACAAUAGGUGGAGUUCUGGAUUUUUACAUCUUUUUGGGUUCUUCACCUGAAGACGUUGUUCGUGAAUACUUAACACUGAUUGGCAAACCAUUAAUGCCUGCAUACUGGGCUCUGGGAUUCCAACUUAGUCGCUGGGGUUAUAAAAACCUCAACGAUGUUGAAGCUACAGUGAAGAGGAACAGAAAAAUCAAUCUCCCAUACGAUGUCCAGAUCACUGAUAUUGACUAUAUGGAAAAUAAAAAGGAUUUUACUUAUGACUUGGUCAAAUUCCGUAACCUACCUCAAUUUGCUCAUGAUUUACAUAAUCAUGGGCAGAGAUACAUCAUCAUUUUGGAUCCAGCCAUUAGCACUCAGAGGCUUAUAAAUGGUUCCUACCAUUCUUUUGAUAAAGGCACACAAAUGGGAGCAUGGAUCAAUGAAUCUGAUGGAAAGACACCCCUUUUAGGAGAGGUUUGGCCAGGUGAAACUGUCUUCCCUGACUACACAAACCCUCAGUGCAUUAACUGGUGGGUGGAGGAAUGUGCAAAAUUCCACCAAAAAAUUAAAUAUGACGGACUUUGGAUUGAUAUGAAUGAGGUGUCAAGUUUCAAGAAAGGUUCGAUAAAAGGAUGUGUUAAGAAUCAAUGGAACUAUCCCCCUUUCAUUCCAAGGAUUCUAGAUAAACUGAUGUACUCUAAGACCCUUUGCAUGGAUGCCAAACAGACUGGGGGAAUGCAUUAUGAUCUUCAUAGUCUUUAUGGACACUCUAUGAUACUUGCAACUGAACAAGUAAUUAACAACGUGUUCCCUGGAAAUCGAAGCAUUAUUCUUUCUCGAUCAACUUUUGCUGGGUCAGGAAAGUACACAGGACACUGGCUGGGAGAUAAUGCAGCAAACUGGAAUGACAUCAAGUGGGCAAUUCCAGGAAUGCUAGAGUUUAAUCUCUUUGGUUUUCCAUAUGUAGGAGCAGACAUUUGUGGUUUCUUUGAUAAUUCAACUGAAGAACUUUGUAGGAGAUGGAUGCAGGUUGGAGCGUUUUAUCCAUUUUGUAGGAACCACAAUGCUGAGGGAUAUAAACCUCAAGAUCCUGCUUCUUAUGGUGAAAACUCUCUUUUAGUGAACAGUUCCAAACAUUACCUGAAUAUUCGGUACACAUUGCUUCCUUACCUUUACACACUGUUUCACAAGGCUAAUGUCUAUGGUGACACUGUAGUCCGACCGCUGCUUCAUGAGUUUCCUUCAGACAGUGCAACAUGGGCUGUCGACCGUCAGUUUCUAUGGGGCCCUGCUCUUCUUAUCACUCCUGUGUUGGACCCUGGUACGGAAAAUGUCACUGCCUACGUACCUGAUGCUGUUUGGUAUGAUUACGAAACAGGUGUUGCCAUAUCUUCACGAAAGCAGUUUGUGAAUAUGCAUAUUCCAGGAGAUAAAUUGGGACUUCAUGUCAGAGGUGGAUUUAUCUUCCCAACACAGCAACCAGCAAAAACCACUUUUUAUAGUCGGAAGAACCCCCUGGGUCUCCUCAUCGCUCUUGAUGAAAAAGGAAAAGCUAGUGGAGAGCUCUUCUGGGAUGAUGGAGAAUCUAGAGAUACUUUCCAAAAUGAAGUUUACACUGCUUAUCAGUUUACAGCUACAGAGAAUCUUUUGGAUAUUAAAGUACUAAAAAGAGGAUACAUUGACCCAAACAACCUUAAAUUUGGAGAAAUAAGGAUCUUUGGCAUCAAGAAUGCUCUGGCAUCUGUCAUUGUGAAACAUGGACAAGGUGUCACAACUUUAUCACCAGAAAAUAUCAAUUAUAAUGCAAAGACUAAGGUUGCUCAGCUGACAGGUCUUCAACUAGAACUAGGAGAAUCAUAUUCAGUACAAUGGAAUUCUUUAGUAUUUGAGAAGAUUGACUGUCACCCUGAAGAAAAUGCAAAUGAAGCUGCCUGUAUAGAGCGAGGUUGCAAAUGGGUUAGCAAUUCUAAGCCUUCUGAACCUUACUGCUUCUACGAAGACGACUAUGGCUAUAUCCUGAAUACAAACAAGAGGAUUACACAAAGAGAAAAUGGAAUGAGUGCUGAAAUUAAAAGGAAUACAGCAUAUCCAGAGCGUUACAAAGGUCAGACCCCAACUGUGGAAAUCCUGCAGGUUGAUGUCACAUACCUAAGUGACAAUAUGUUGAAUUUUAAGAUUUUUGAUCCACAUGCAAAAAGAUUUGAAGUUCCAAUCCAACUAAACAUUCCCAGCUCAAAACCAGAUGAUGGUUCUACAAGACUUUAUGAGGUUACAUUUACCAAUUUUCCAUUUGGGAUCCAGGUCAAAAGGAAGAGUACUGGUGCAGUCAUUUGGAAUUCCCAAGUGCCUGGCUUCACAUUUACUGAUCAAUUCAUACAAAUUUCAACCCAACUCCCUUCACAAUAUAUUUAUGGCUUUGGAGAAACUGAACAUCGAAGUUUCAAACAUGAUCUGAACUGGAAUACAUGGGGAAUGUUUGCUAAAGAUCAGCCACCUGGUUAUAAAAUGAACAGCUAUGGGAGCCAACCUUUUUAUAUGGGUCUUGAAGAGAAUUUCAGUGCCCAUGGUGUACUACUGUUGAACAGUAAUGCAAUGGAUGUAACACUUCAACCAACCCCUUCUCUGACAUAUCGCACUAUUGGAGGAAUCCUAGACUUUUAUAUGGUUCUUGGUCCAACCCCAGAAAAUGUUGUUGAACAAUAUACAACACUUAUUGGUCGUCCAGUCAUGCCACCCUAUUGGGCCCUGGGAUUUCAGUUAUGUCGAUAUGGAUACAAGAAUACCCAAGAAAUUGAGAAUCUAUACACUGAUAUGAGGAAUGCUGAAAUUCCAUAUGAUGUGCAAUAUGUUGACAUUGAAUACAUGGAGCGGCAGCUGGACUUUAGUCUUGAUGUUAAUGACUUCCAGAAUUUGCCAAAUUUGUUUGAUAAAAUGAGAAGUGAAGGGAUGCGAACUAUUAUCAUUUUGGAUCCAGCAAUUUCAGGAAAUGAAACCAAACAUUACGAAGCUUUUACAACUGGAUUAGAUAAUAAUGUCUUCAUUAAAUGGAGUGACAAUUCUGAUAUUGUGUGGGGGAAGGUAUGGCCAGAUUUUCCAAAUAAAACAGUCGAUACAUCAAAAGACUGGGAUUAUCAAGUGGAACAUUUUCGCUCUUAUACUGCUUUCCCAGACUUCUUCCGCAACGUAACAGUAGAAUGGUGGCAUACAGCAAUAAAAGAAUAUUAUAAUAAAAGCUUGAAGUUUGAUGGACUUUGGAUUGACAUGAAUGAACCAGCAAACUUUGUUCAUGGAUCUGUUAAUGGCUGUCAUGAUAUCAAACUGAACAAGCCACCUUAUAUGCCAGCUCUUCAAUCAAGGCACAUUGGAUUGCAACACAAGACACUAUGUAUGGAGAGUGAACAGAUUCUAGCAGAUGGAACUCCAGUAAGACACUAUGAUGUGCACAACCUUUAUGGAUGGUCACAAACAAAACCAACACUGGACUCUUUGCAGAACAUAACUGGAGAGCGCGGGGUCGUGGUGACACGUUCAACUUUCCCAACUAGUGGCCAAUGGGCGGGACAUUGGCUUGGAGACAACACAGCUGCCUGGGACCAAAUGCAUAAAUCAAUCAUUGGAAUGAUGGAGUUCAGUCUAUUUGGAAUGUCUUAUACUGGAGCAGACAUCUGUGGCUUUUUUAGGAAUACUACCUAUGAACUGUGUCUUCGCUGGAUGCAGCUUGGAGCAUUCUAUCCCUAUUCUAGGAACCACAAUGGAUUAGGCUCCUUUAGACAGGAUCCCGUGGCCUGGAAUAAGACUUUCCAGAAUAUCACAAGGAAUAUUCUUCGUAUACGUUACAAAUUGCUGCCAUUUCUCUACACAUUGAUGUAUGAAGCUCACCAUCAUGGCAGUACAGUGAUAAGACCAUUACUUCACGAGUUUUUUAAAGAUAAAAAAACAUGGGAUAUUGAUCGACAGUUCCUUUGGGGUGGAGCAAUGAUGAUUAGUCCUGCACUGGAGGAGGGGGUGACUACUGUCCGUGCUUAUGUCCCUGACUCUCGCUGGUAUGAUUGGUUUACAGCCAAAAGCAUCCCUCAAAGACGUAAGUGGACUCAUAUGCCGACACCACUCGAUCAUAUCAAUCUUCACAUCAGAGGAGGUUAUAUUAUUCCCUGGCAAGAGCCAGCAAGUACUACAUAUUACAGCCGAAAGAACUUCCUGGGACUAAUUGUUGCCUUGGACGAUAAUCAAGCUGCUAAAGGUCGUCUUUUCUGGGAUGAUGGUCAGAGCAUUGAUACAAUUGAAAGAGGAGAAUAUUUUCUAGCUGAAUUCAGUGCUGCUAACAGCACCAUGAAAGCUAAAAUAUUGCACAACAGUCAGAAGAGUACAGCAAAUGAGCUAAAACUGGGAUAUCUCCGAGUCUGGGGAGUAGGGCACAAUCCGCCUACAAAUGUCACUGUAACUUAUGAGAACACAAGCCAUACCAUCAUCAGUUUCCAACAUAAACCUCAAUCACAGGAACUCUUUGUUGAAAUGACAGACAAAAUUUUCUACAUCGAUAAGUUGGUAACAAUUUUUUGGAAAACAACGCCCUAAAUAUCAAUUCAAGAAGUCUGAAUGAAAACUACUGACAUGUUAAUAUUUUUUGGGAGAAAUUUAUUAUUGCAUUUUGAUUAAUAAAGAUUUGGAAGGAACUUAUUGAAGAAAA